AUGGCCAGAAAACGCCGUUCAAGGAACUUGGAAACUUAUCAUCAUGAUCAUCCAAUCUCAGAGCUCCCAACCGAAAUCAUAUUCUCUCAUAUACUCCCACGGCUACCAGCAGAGGUUCUGAUAAGGUGUAGGUGCGUAUGCACGUCUUGGUCCUCCCUCAUCCGCAGCCCUUCCUUUGUCGCCGCCUGUCACAACUUUCGCUGCAAUGACAGCAACAAGAGCAUCACUAACUUCCUUUUCAAAAAGGAGAAACAACGAGCCGCGAAAAAGGAGAAACUACGACCCCGCUGGUCAAAACACGUGCUCUUCUCCUAA